GUUGGCUCCUGCUGGUGAGGGAGCUGGUAGUCAAGGAGGACUUCCUUCAACGUCCAAGUCCACUUCUAAAGAUGUACUGGAAGACAUCUUCGUCCGAGAUACUUUCAUUCUGCGCGCAGCUUUGGUCGCCAGCUGUUCUCCCCAAAUCGUGCAUGGUGGUUUGCAGAUGAACCCUCUCCAUCUACAGGCAAUGUUAGGCAUGCACCAACUGAAGAACCCAUUCCGCCACUGCUGCAUGCUACCGAAUCUAGCACCCGAACUGAGGGCUGCUCCGAGGCAACUUCAGCGGUCUCUGUCGACGGCCUUCGGGAGUGAGUGUCAGCAGAUUGCAGUCUUCGAGGAGACACCUGACGUCCUGGCGGUCAUGUACAACAAAAGGGUCAAGAAUUCUAAUGGCGCUUCAACAUCGAGGGACGAUGGCUUUGUCGAUGAGGAUAGCUCAAGUGAAGAAAGUGACAAUGCUGAAGAAGCGGCUGUAGAAGACGAGAAAAAUGCAACUGAUGGUGAUGAGGGAGUAGCGGAACCUGGCGCUAAAACCUCUGAACAACCAGGUGGAGGCCAUGGAGGUGAAAAAGGUGGCGAACAAGACGCAGAUAACAAGCCUGUGAGACAACGUGAGGAAAGCAGCGACUCCGAACGGGAUGGACGACGCAAAAGGACAGCUCGUCGUCGCCAUGAUAGUAGAGAUAGGAAAGGCAAAGCUGCUGACAAUCUGCCCAAGCUGCGUGCUGUUCGAAGUGGGAGACAUAGUAGUCGGAACAGAAGUACUCGUGGAAAGAAUAGUCGCAGUCGAGGUGGUAAAAAGCGGAGACGGAGCGAAAGCCGAAGCAGGCGUGAUAGAAGGGGGGAAAGAACGACUCGUCCACCUUCCCGACGUCGGGAGAGUAGAGUUCGUGACCGAAAGGCGUCUUCUUCCAAGGACAAAAGUAGCGCUCAGGAAAGUGGACCAGAAUCGAAUAAAGGCGUCCCCCCUCCUCCUCCGAUGGAGGACAAUGAUGCUGUUAUUGAGAAUGACGCUAAGCGCAGAAAAAUCGAUGAAGAAGCGACUCCUGGACCCGGCCUCGGCGACGAAGCGCCUAAAACAGGAGGUGGUGGCCUAGAUGACGUUUUUGCGUCCUUUAUGGAGGAAGUGGAGAAGGACGAGGCUGAGAAAGAGAAA